GAGAUGAGAAUGAGAGAAUAAGCUUAAAGCAAACAAAAUAAAGCCUCUUCUUGCUUUCCUCUCCUCCAUCCUCCUCUUUUUUCCUUUACUUUCUCCGCUCUGGUAUUCCCCCUAGUGCGAUUCUACCUCCACCUUCUCCCUAAAGAGCCAUCAAACUUUAUAAAAAAAAAAACACAAAAGAUCAUUGAAGCACCAUGGUUUUCUCUUCUAUUCCAGUCUAUUUAGAUCCUCCCAAUUGGCAGCACCAACAACAACAAAAUCAACACCAACAGCAGGCAAAUGGCAGCAACAAUCCUCAGCUGCUUCCGCAGCCACAGGCUCCUUCCAUUGAAGCCGGUCCAAUCAGGCCCGGUUCGAUAGCGGAUCGGACCAAAGUACCGGCUCAGGAAGGAGCCCUCAAGUGUCCACGGUGUGAAUCCACCAACACAAAGUUUUGCUACUUCAACAACUACAGCCUCUCUCAGCCGCGCCACUUCUGCAAGACGUGUCGGCGUUAUUGGACACGAGGUGGUGCUCUCAGGAACGUUCCCGUCGGUGGAGGAUGCCGCAGGAACAAGAAGAACAAAAGGAGUCGCUCCAAAUCUCCGGUUUCUACUCAGAAACCGUCGCUUCCCAAUCCCCCAAGUGCAAUACCUGAGCUAAUAGGUCGAUUCUCGCAACCUUUCGUGGCCUCUCUUCAGAAUAUUAACCGCUACGGUGUAGGGAAUGCAGGUGUUGGCUUGCGUGAGAUUCAAGCACAGAACAUGGGGUUUCAAAUUGGAGGACACGGUAAUGGUACUGGUUUAAGUACUGCUGCUACUACUUCAGGAGGUGGAUUGGACCAGUGGCGGUUUCAGCAGUUUCCUUUCUUGAAUGGUUUUGAGUCAACUUCAACUGUUUCUUAUCCAUUUCAAAGUGAGAGUGUUGAAGGUUUGGUUGGAGUUGGAGAUAUUGCCGCAAAUCUUAGGGUUACUCAGCCACGGGUUAAAUUAGAAUAUAAUGGUGGUUUGAAUUUGUCUAGGUCUCCUUUGAGUGUCUCCGAAAAUACCAAUCAUUACUAUUCAUGGUCGGAUUUAUCUCAUAUGGGUUAGAGAAAAGAGAAUUUCUAUGGUAGCCAGAGAAAUUUAAGGGGUUUGGUACUGUUAUUUUUUUGAUUAACAAUUGAAUGAGUUUCCAUUUAAUUAAUCUUUGGCAUGUUUAAACUCAUUUAAUUAUUGAUCUAAAAAAUAAGUGUACCAAUAUACCUCCACCACCUUCAUGUGUCGGUGUUAACAGAAAUCGAAUCAGGCUGGUAGAAUUUAGUCUUCUUCAAUUGUAUAUUUUCUUGUCAUUGGUUUUGUUUAUGUUUUGGCAUCGAUUCCAGUUUCUUUUGUGUUCUAUUGGGCUUUCCUUGUACAACUGUGUGUGUGCAUGUAUUAUGUUUUGUUUGUUUAAUUACUAUGAGAUAAGAUAUCAUUUGGGUACAUUUUUUUUCUUC